AUGGCGGAAUCUCUCCUAGUAGUUGUCGAUGAUUUCUACUUUGCAGUGUUGUCAGUUGGCUCUGACGAUGGUGUUGAGGAAGACGUCUUUCCUAUUUCUGACGAAAAGUACGCAGAGCAGUUGUGUCUUCAAGAGGCUCUAAUGUGUUCUGUCAGAACUUCUACAUCUCCUGGUGUUACUAACAGUUCCUCUAAUCCACAUUAUCGAAAGUCAGAAAUUGGUGAAUCAUCUUCAUCCAGACUGAAAAUUGAAGAUACCUACAAGAAUACUAGCAAUAGCAAUGAUACGAAAAUGAAAUCAACAAUGAAUGUUAAUGCCAGUGCAGGAGAUGAUCAAUAUUCUUCUGAAAUGAGCUUCUGUGAGAUAUGCAUGGAAGCUAAGCCAACAAGUGAGAUGCGGAAGAGCACUAUCAAAUGUUCCCACAUUUAUUGUUUUGAAUGCAUCGCGAAACACAUUGCAGCAAAGAUACAAGACAACAUCUCUCAGAUCACAUGUCUAGAGUUUAAUUGCAAAGAGAUAUUGGAACCCCAUUUGUGCAGAGACAUCAUACCGGCUCAGGUGUUUGAUCGUUGGGAGAAUGCAUUGUGUGAGUCUCUAAUUCUUGCUUCACACAAGAUUUACUGCCCGUCCAAGGACUGUUCAGCGAUGCUUGUGAACGAUGAUGAUGGGGUUAUCAUAAGGGAAUCGGAGUGCCCUCAUUGCAGAUGA